UAAAAACAUACUGUUAUAACGCCAUUAUCCUAUCCUUUCUUGCCUCUCGUCUCCUCCCAUUCCGCCAUGGAAGCCAUCUACUUCUCGGCCCCGCCUUCCCGCCAUCUCUCCGUCGGUUCGCCGUCUCUCCAGUUCGCAAGAGCCUUUUGCAGCUCAAUUAGAGGGGCUGGAACUGGAAGGCAGAGCCUUCAUUCCAAUAGUUCCUGGACCGGCUCGGCCCUCUACACCGGAUCUUCCGGCAGAACCCUGUUCGUUAGGGAAGUUUGGAGCUGGAUUCAUUCGAAAUCUGAGCGUGUUCGUAGAGGGAGAUGUUGUAUAGUAAGGGCGGAGAUGUUUGGUCAAUUGACUACUGGUCUAGAAACAGCGUGGAACAAGCUCAGAGGCGUAGAUGUUUUGUCCAAGGAGAACAUUGCAGAACCAAUGAGGGAUAUUAGGCGAGCUCUCCUGGAAGCAGAUGUAAGCUUGCCCGUGGUGAGAAGGUUUGUGCAGUCUGUUAGUGAUCAGGCUGUUGGUGCAGGUGUGAUACGAGGUGUGAGACCUGACCAACAGUUAGUAAAGAUUGUGCAUGAUGACCUUGUGAAGUUGAUGGGUGGAGAAGUUUCAGAAUUGGUAUUUGCAAAGUCUGGUCCGACAGUAAUUUUACUAGCUGGUCUUCAAGGUGUCGGAAAGACAACUGUUUGCGCUAAGCUUGCCUUCUACUUAAAGAAAUUGGGUAAGAGUUGCAUGUUGGUGGCUGCUGAUGUGUAUAGGCCUGCAGCUAUAGACCAACUCAAGAUUUUGGGCGAGAAGAUAGAUGUCCCUGUUUAUGCAGAAGGUGUGGAUGUAAAACCAGCAGAAAUAGCUAAGCAUGGUCUUGAGGAGGCCAAGAAGAAGUCAAUUAAUGUUGUUAUAGUUGAUACUGCUGGAAGAUUACAGAUUGAUAAAUCGAUGAUGGAUGAGCUGAAGGAAGUAAAGCAGGCACUGAAUCCUACUGAAGUUCUGCUGGUGGUUGAUGCAAUGACUGGCCAAGAAGCUGCAGCCUUGGUUACUACAUUCAAUAUCGAGAUUGGUAUUACUGGUGCCAUACUAACUAAGCUGGAUGGUGAUUCUAGAGGUGGAGCAGCUUUGAGUGUUAAAGAGGUAUCAGGAAAACCUAUAAAGCUAGUAGGAAGAGGCGAGCGGAUGGAAGAUCUAGAGCCGUUCUACCCUGACCGCAUGGCAGGUCGCGUAUUAGGGAUGGGUGAUGUUCUUUCAUUUGUUGAGAAAGCACAAGAAGUUAUGCGGCAAGAAGAUGCUGAGGAGUUACAGAAAAAGAUCAUGAGUGCAAAAUUUGACUUCAAUGACUUUUUAAAGCAAACACGUGCUGUUGCACAAAUGGGUUCAGUGAGCCGGGUAAUUGGUAUGAUUCCAGGGAUGGGCAAGGUGACUCCAGCACAAAUUCGUGAAGCAGAGAAAAACUUGAAUAUCAUGGAAGCGAUGAUUAAUGUGAUGACCCCAGAGGAACGAGAACAGCCCGAGCUACUAGCUGAGUCAGCUGCUAGGAGGAAGAGAAUUGCUACAGAGUCUGGAAAGACAGAACAACAGGUUAGUCAACUUGUUGCUCAGUUAUUCCAAAUGCGUGUUCGCAUGAAGAAUCUAUUGGGUGUGAUGCAAGGAGGAUCGAUCCCGGCAUUGAGCAACCUAGAGGAGUCUUUGAAAGCCGAGCAAAAGGCACCUCCUGGAACAGCACGAAGGAAAAGAAGACAGUUUGCAGAUUCAGCGUCGGCAAGGCCUACUCCUCGUGGAUUUGGAAGCAAGAACUAAGAUCAUAUUUGGAACUUUUUGUAGCUGCAUAAUGAUCUGUAGUAUCUUUUGUUCCUAGAGAGUCAAAUUUUAGAAUGUCUUCCGGACUUGAUUUUAUUGCUAUUAUUCUGGUGACUGGUGAAGGUACUUGUUUAACCACUGCAACUUGAUCUAAAUUCAUUCUACAAUACCUCUAAAA